AUGAGGAAGGUAUGGGUCCGCUAUGAUAGGGCAUUGAAUGCUGAUGAGCUCCCCGCCAAUGUGCCAACCAACCCUGCACAUUGGGUCAACAGAAGGUAUCCUGACGGUUUAUUCUUCACUGACCAAGGGGAGUGGAUCAUCUCUGAUGUAAGAGAUAGGUUCUUCAACCACGAUCAGCCACCUACCCACACACCAGUCACCACAGGACUCACUCCCACCACAGCCUAUACUUCACCUGGAUACGAAACUGUGCCCAUGGAGGAGCCAUCCAAGCAAGUACCCACUCUUGGACUCAACCAAGUAGACAGUGAUAUGGUAAGACCCAGGUCCAAACCAUCCCUCUUCUCCAACCUAGAGGGUACAUCUCCCAUGGACAAGGUGACUCAAGGCAGGAUUCCAGACAGAUUUGGUGAUCCUGGAGACCCUGGUGGCUCAGGGUACCAUGGUGGUGAUGGCAGCUACAGAGGCUUUAGCAGAAAGGGCAGGCUAUGA